AUGGACGUGGAACCUGAGCAUGACCAACAAGAGGCCGGCUCUGACCAGGAAAGUGAAAGCGUGGAGGUCGAGAUCGUGGAUGGAGUUUGUCCUGCCUGUGAUCAGGAAUUUGGGAACCCUGAUGAGGACGCUGACGGUGACACCUCCAUCACGGUGACUUCUGCAAAGGGAGACAACCGAGCGUUGUGUCACAGGUGCUUCUACAUUGGUCGCGGAUCCCUGGGAAAAUUGAAGAUGAUUGAUUUGGUAAAACUCCUGAAAAAAUCCACAGCUUUGAGAAAGAAGUUCAGGAGUCUUAGAAAGGCUCAUUUGAAGGCUGUGCUGAAGAAUCCGAAAGCCAAGCCCAGACACCAGGUUUUGGACUUGAAGCACUACACCAAGAAGAAGCAAUCUAACUAUGAAGCUGAGUGGACAGAGCUCAGCGCAUACUUCAAUGAGAAAGCUCCAGCAGAUGUUCGCAAAAAGGUUCUUGGACUCAAGCUGCAACAGGACGACCGUGGCAUUGAGGGAGUCCUGGUUAUGGCAGAUAGUUCCAAAAAGAAGGUGCGGAUUGGAAGCAAGGUGUCCACAGAGAGUGUGAGGCAAGCUGAACACGAAAGCGGAACCGCCCGGAACCAAGCCCAUGAGAAGGAGUCAGAGAAGCUCCAGAUGCAGAUCAAUGAAAAGGCUGAGGAGGAUGAAGCUUUAGGUGGUCCUCUUGAAGCCCCAGACGAGCCUGAGGAGGAAGAUGGCCACGCCUCAGACUCCGAAUCCUCCGAUGCUGGGUUCAAUCUCAUGAGGGAUUCUAAGAUGAAAGCGUCAGCAUCCACCAGGAAACCCAAGACCAAACGGUCAGAGGAGAUCAAGAAGCCCUCAGAGUCUAUCCCCGUGACAGAGGCGAAGUCGAAGCAAACCCGAAAACCUGACAAGGACCUGAUUCCCAAGGGUGAGUCCACCGUUUUGGACUUGCGGCGUUUCUCUGAGACAGGUUUCUUGGCUGGGACUGUCAAGGAGAAGGAUUGGGGGUCCAAGCUCACCAAAGCUUUGGCUUUGGCCAGCCAACUGGAGCAAGUCAUGAACAAUGACAUGUGCAAGGACCUCGCCAAGACUCUCACAGAGGAGGCAAAUGGCGUCAGCAAUGCAAUGGAUACUGUCAAGGUCUUUCGCAACAUGACUCCAGCUGUGGCUGCUCGAGAGCUCAUCGCUUUGUCUGACGAGUUCCUGAGCAGAAUG